CAGCCGUCCCGGCGCCAGCCCUCCGAGGGUCGCGAUGAGCCAGGUGCUGGGCAAGUCGCAGCCGCAGAACGGGGACGACGGCGACGAGGAGGAGGAGGAGGAGGAGGAGCUCGUGGGGCUGGCGGACUACGGGGACGGCCCCGACUCCUCGGACGCCGAUCUGGACAGCGGGGCGGAGGAGGGAGUUCUGGACUUCAGCGAUCCCUUCAGCUCUGAGGUGAAGCCGAGAAUCCUGCUCAUGGGCCUGAGGCGAAGCGGCAAGUCAUCUAUUCAGAAAGUUGUCUUUCACAAAAUGUCUCCCAACGAAACACUGUUCCUGGAGAGUACUAACAAGAUAUGCCGGGAAGAUGUUUCCAACAGCUCCUUUGUCAAUUUUCAGAUUUGGGACUUCCCAGGACAGAUCGACUUUUUUGACCCCACAUUUGACUAUGAGAUGAUCUUCCGGGGAACAGGAGCACUGAUAUUUGUCAUCGACUCCCAGGAUGACUACAUGGAAGCCCUGGCCAGGCUCCAUCUCACAGUGACCAGGGCCUACAAGGUGAACACUGACAUCAACUUCGAGGUGUUUAUUCAUAAAGUGGAUGGUCUGUCAGAUGACCACAAAAUCGAAACCCAAAGAGACAUUCACCAGAGGGCAAAUGAUGACCUUGCAGAUGCUGGAUUAGAAAAAAUUCACCUCAGCUUUUAUCUGACAAGCAUAUAUGAUCAUUCAAUAUUUGAAGCUUUUAGCAAGGUGGUUCAGAAGCUUAUUCCACAACUCCCAACUCUAGAGAAUUUGCUGAACAUCUUUAUCUCGGUAAUUAGUUCUUUCCCAGCAGUCAAAUAUGUCUUGUUUUCUGUCCUCAGUCUCAAAGAAGAUGGUGCAGGAACUCCCUAUGACAAGGAAUCCACAGCCAUUAUAAAGCUGAAUAAUACGACAGUUCUUUACUUAAAGGAGGUGACAAAGUUCCUGGCUCUCGUUUGCUUUGUGAGAGAGGAAAGCUUUGAAAGAAAAGGGCUUAUUGACUAUAAUUUUCAUUGUUUUCGGAAGGCCAUCCAUGAAGUUUUUGAGGUGAGGAUGAAAGUGGUGAAAUCUCGAAAGGCUCAGAAUCGGCUACAGAAAAAGAAGGGGGCUACCCCUAAUGGGACCCCUCGAGUCCUGCUGUAGGUGAGGUUUUAGGAACACAUGUGAAGUCAGACCUUUUCGCCCAGGCUGCCGCACCAUGUUGCACUGAAGGCGAAGAAGGAGAUUGGAACAUAUGACACGGACUUGUUGAAAACACUCCUGCAACCCUCUUGAUCUUUUUUUAAAUAAAGUAAGCACUUUGAAGCAAAAGCUUGUAUAUUAACAAUGCAGUAAAAUCCACUGUACUUUCAUUACACAAAUGUAAACUUCAAAGAUUAGUAGUUAGGAAAAUCCCAUGUGAGAACUACCAGGAAUUGUACAUAUUUUGCGUUUUUUCAUGGUUUUUUUUUUUCUCAUUGAACUGAACUUUGAUGACUUUUCUAAACUCUUUUCUGUACUUGGUGUCAAGGACGUGCUUAGUGUAGCUCAUAUCUUAUGGCAAUCAGAAAUUAAUCAAACUGAUGCAUUGGUAAUGACUUUGUAAAUUAGGGAAUCUUUGCUACCAGUUGUUGAGAGAAUCAGUCAUUUUUCAGUGGAGUUGGAACAGAAUGGGGCUGCAAGCUCCAGGAGCAAUAAGAACUGUCCCCUAUUUAUAACGGGUAUAAACAGUUUUGUAUAAUAAUUUUAGAACCAGACUUACCUAAAAAUUUCUAUUACUGUGGUUGUACUUCUAAUCAAGAGUUUUUAUGGAGCCCUUUACCUCAGUAUACACCUCUAAAUCACUUUUUACAGACAGAUGACUUCUGCAUUAUUACUCUUUAGAACUUUUGGGACCAGAUUUCCAAAAUGGUGCCGAUCACCAGGGAGAAAUAAGAAUGCCACUGAGGCCUGGUUUCUAGAGCUUUCUCUGUACCUGCCACUUGGGGCUAAAGUAACAUUAGUGGCCAAAGGUUUGCCAAAUGUAGGGAAUUGCACCUGUGGCCUGAAAUACAGAUGCCAUUCUGUACAUUUGGACCCUGUGCAGUGGCCUAUUGUGCUGCCUUUAAAAUCUUACUAGGACAAGUUUUUUAUUGCUCCAUGGCCACAGUGAAUAGAGCAAAUCUCUACCAUGGAACUUAAUCCCGUUGGCUAUCUUUGUCACCUGAAUCACCUUUUCACCUGUGAUAAUGUACCUUAAAUCCUUUACCUGUUCUCACAGUUUGAUGAGCUCAGCUUGCACCCAGCAUGCUCUGUGAGGCUGAAGAGCCAUCCUGAAGAUCCUAGCAAUAGUCAGAAAGGAUAGCCAGACAAAAGAGCACAGCUUUGCAGUUGUUUCCAAGAAGUUUUUUCACUUCUACUCCUCUACCAAAUCAUUCCAAGUAGAUAAUUCUAUGUCAUCCCAAAGUUAGUACUCUAUGGCAUACUUGCUGGGCAUUAAAAAAAUUUUUUUUAUAAAAUGCAGAACCUCCUAGAGACUGCAGAGUUGGUCCUAACAAAAUGUACACAGUCCCUAAAACAACUUGCCCCUAAAACUCUCCUCCUUAUCUCAGUGGCUUCCAUCCUUUUUCUUUCCUCCCUGUUCCCAAAUCCUGUUGCUUUAAAGGUGGUAACUAAAAUUUGAGAUGGUAAUUCACUGGGGUUUAAGAUUUGAGCCUCCCAGGGUCUGGCCUGUGCAUAUGGAAAGGAUAUUUCUCAAAAUCGUUAAGGGAUCCCAAUUCCCUUCUUCACAUUUUCUAUUCAGGAAUGUGGAUGGUUAGGAGCCUAGAGUCCCAGGGAAGUCUUCUCCCCAACUUCCGGAGUGUUAUUCUGUUCAGCUGUUGCUAACAGCUCUGGCUCAUGUGGGUUAUUCUUACAGAUCUAAUAUUGAAUCAUUUUUAUGAAAUGUUUUCCUUUGGAUAAGCAAAUAAAGAGUCAAGUUUCUCAUACAACUUUAUCCUCAAGAAAGAGACAAUUGCCUAUUUGGUAAACCACACUUUACCUAGUAUGUAUAUAUUAUUAUUAUUAUAACCAAGUGGAGCUUCCAUUUUUAAGCUGGGUGUAUGAUAGGUUUUUGUUAAAAUGUGCCUUAAAAAGCCUAUUACUUCAAGUGAUUCUUUGGGGAAAGGGCAAAAAUAAUCCUAUGACAUAGGACCCAAUUCAUGGUGGUAAGUGCACUCUUUGAUUAAUCACAUGCUAAUAUAGAUGACUGCCUCAAAAAUCUUGUGUGACAGUGACCUCUUAAUUAAAGACAGAU